AUGUCAAACAAAGAGUGCUUAAUUUUUCAGCUAAUUGCCAUUCUAUUUUUAGUCGCUGAGAUAACUUCUAAAUUCGAAUUCACCAACGUGAAGUGUACAAGCUUGGAUAAGGAAUUUGGGGAUUUCGAACAUUGUUACCUGAAGUCGGUAAAUCGAAGCUAUAAAUAUGUUUCAGUCAAGUACAAGCUGCUUAAGUCGCCAGUGACUAAAAUAAAGGUGAAUAUGGCCAUGUUCAAACGAUUCAAUGGCUACAGACCAUUUAUGUACAAUAUCACUGUGGAUGCCUGCAGAUUCCUUAAAAACCGAAAAUCGAGUCCCGUUAUCAACUUUUGGUUUAACGUUAUUGAAAACUACUCGAAUUUUAAUCACUAUUGUCCGUAUAAUCAUGAUCUAUUACUAGAGAAGCUUCCAGUCGAAACUGUGAACUUUCAAGUCACAGAUGUGCUGCCCUUUCCCGAGGGAGAUUAUCUUAUCGAGACCAAUUGGAUUGCCUAUGAUAUAAAAAGGGCUGUGCUCAAGUUUUACGGCACUAUUUCUUAA